AUGGAGUUAUCCGAUUUCGAUGUGAUACUGGGGAUGGAUUGGUUAAUGGCAUAUCAAGCUCAAUUUGAUUGUCGAAAAAGAUCAAUUUUGUUGGUUGGAGCGAUGGGUGAACAAGUGAACUAUGCAGGAUCUGCAAGACAACCUUCUAUGAAGGUAAUUUCAUCCUUAUCAUUUCAAUCAUUUAUUCGUAAGGGGUAUCCAGUGUAUCUGUCUGAGGUAAGAGAUUUGAAGCAAGGGGAGCAACGAUUGCAAAAUAUUCAUGUGGUUCGAGAUUUUCCUGAUGUAUUUCCUGAUGAUAUUCCUGGUAUGCCACCAGCUCGUGAGGUGGAUUUUACUAUUGAUAUUGUGUCAGGCGCCGAGCCAGUAUCGAGAGCUCCGUAUCGCAUGACACCGAUAGAAGUCGCUGAACUUAAAUUGCAACUACAGGAAUUACUGGAUAAAGGUUACAUUCGUCUUAAUAAAAAGACAUAUGCAAAACAUUUGCGUGUGACACUAAAUACACUGCGUGCGAGGAAGUUAUAUGGUAAGUUAUCCAAAUGUGAGUUUUGGUUGAAAAAGGUUGCUUUCUUGGGGCAUGUAGUUUUUGGUAAGGGUAUCUCAGUAGAUCCUUCUACAGUUGCAGCAAUCUCGGAUUGGCCAAGACCUACCAAUCAAUCAGAAGUAAGAAGCUUUUUGGGUUUGGCAGGCAAAGCAAAUGUUGUAGCUGAUUCCUUGAGUCAAAAACCAAGGCAUAAGUUGGGUUCUAUGUCAGUUGCUGAUGAACUAUGUCAAGAUUUAGCACGGAUGGAAAUUGAAGUACUUGGACGGCGCAUGACGCGUAGAUAUUUGAAAAUGAUGCAAGUUGAGCUUGAAAUUUAUGAUCACAUUAGAGCGGCUCAAAUGGAGGAUAAUAAGAUGGUCGAGCUGGCUAUAAAAGUUCUGUGUGGUCAGACUCAAAACUUUGAUAUUGCUUCAGAUGGGAGUGUUCGAUUCCAUGGGAGGUGGUGUAUCCCAAAGGACCGAAGCGAUUUGAAGGAGAAAAUUGUGAAAGCAGAACAUCAUAGACCAAUGGGGUUGCUACAACCUUUAGAAGUUCCGCUCUGGAAAUGGGAUUCUAUUGCAAUGAAUUUUGUGACAGGACUUCCAAGGGCGAAGUCGGGAACAAAUGCAAUUUGGGUGAUUAUAGAUAGAUUGACCAAGUCAGCAGUGUUCAUCCCAGUACGUAUGACUUGGAGUAUGCAGAAGUUGGCCAAAUUAUAUGUUCAUCAUGUGGUUAAACGACACAGUAUUCCUGAUGUAAUCAUAUCGGAUCGUGAUCCACGUUUUCAAUCUCCAUUUUGGCAAAAAUUGCAAGAAGCCUUUGGUACUCAGUUGCAUAUGAGUACUGCAUUCCAUCCAAUGACUGAUGGUCAAUAA